CGAAAUCAUCAACCCUCCCCCCUUCCUCCAAAUGGUAUAUCAAAGAUAAUUAUUGGAAGUGAUCCAUGUAAUCACUCCGUAAAUUUCACGAGAAGACUCUGGGCAUAGUCCUAAUGAGUCAGCAUCAUUAAACAUCGAACAAUAAUUGCCGCGGGUGAUCUCUGCUAUAUAAUCUCUAGUUUCCACUACGGUAAAUCCACAGGUGCAGCGAUAUUGAAAGGAGACUAAGAAAUAAUUGAACGUUCAAAGUUCACCGGUCCGGUUAGAAAUGAUGGAGAAUAUAACCUUAAAAUUGCUGGUACCGAAUGCCAGGAGAACGAUGAUGAACAUCUUAUCCCGGUCCCUAGGAACUAGUAAUGCCGCUGAUAACAAAAGAGCGGAGGGAAGUCAUGCUGAAGCACAUGAAGAUAUUCUCUUCGAAGAGAUCGGUGAGAGUGGAUUGAUAACUUUGAAUCGUCCAAAAGUUCUGAACGCCAUCAAUCUUCCAAUGGUAAGCCAAAUGUACUCUGUCCUGAAAGAAUGGGAAACAUCGAAGAAUCUGGUUGUGAUCAGAGGAAGUGGAGAUAAGGCGUUCUGCGCUGGAGGCGACGUCAAGUCUCUUGCACGCUCUCUCCAGGAGCCUGGGGGUAGAGCACACAAUUGCGAGUUCUUUCGAAAAGAAUAUACACUGAACUGUCUCAUUGGAAGGUUCAAGAAGCCUUACGUCGCGCUGAUCCAUGGGAUAACGAUGGGAGGUGGUGCUGGUCUCGCGGUUCAUGGUAAAUAUCGUAUUGCCACUGAAAAAACUGUCUAUGCAAUGCCAGAGACUGCGAUAGGACUGUAUCCCGAUGUUGGUGCCACAUAUGUACUUCCUCGUUUGCGGGGACACCUGGGAUUCUAUUUGGGACUCACUGGGCAUAGGUUGAAGGGAGUCGAUGUCAAAUUGACCGGUGUUGCUACCCAUUACGUUCAAUCCGCCAAACUCGAAGAAUUGACCGAUGUGUUACUUAAGUCUGGUGGUAAAGACUUGGAGAAAAUUCUAGACUAUUAUGAGGAUAAAACCCCGGCUGAAUUUUCUUUAGCUGAAUAUUUAGAUAAAAUUGAUGAAUACUUUUCGGCGGAUACUGUCGAGGAAAUAAUUGACCGCCUGAAAAAAAACAAGGGUGAAUGGGCUCAGGGGGUCGCCGAUAAUCUCAGUAAGAUGUCACCAACUUCACUCAAGUUGACCCUCAAGGCAUUUCAUAAGGGGAGAAGAAUGAAUUUACCUGAAUGUCUGACUAUGGAGAACAGACUGUCUAAUAGUGUUAGCAGAAGAGAUAGUGAUUUUUACGAGGGUGUCAGAGCCCUUUUGAUUGAUAAAGACGGUAAACCCAGAUGGAAUCCUGGGACUCUUGAACAAGUCACAGAUGAUUACAUCGAGGGAAAAUUCAAAACUUUACCGCCUGAUGAAGAAUUGAAUAUCGAGGCGUGAAACUAGUGGUGAAACGCAAAUAAAUAUAAUACAUAAUUAUUUGGAUAUCGUGUCAUAUGGUUAAAAGUAUAGAAGUUAUUCAUCUGUAUGAGCUCCAGAGAUUUUAUACUGAUAUUGAAGAAAAAUAAUAAAUUUUGUUUCGUAACGACAUCUAAUUUCUUCAACGUGAAAGACAUGUCUUCAGGUGUCCAUAACGUAAACAAAACACGUGGACGGAAAUGACUACAGUCUCAUUCAUCUAAAUGACUAAAUCACUGACAAAGGUUAUUGAUUACUCACAGAGAUGCUGGCGAUAACUCAUUCAUUUGUGACAAAAGUCUCAAAGACACAAUAAAAUGGAAUAAUAAUUGUAUUCACACACUUGGUUGUUCAUUUAUCAAAAUGUUUUUUUUUCCUUUUUAUUUCUCAAACGGUUUUGCAUUCAUUUUCGUAUCAAUAGCAUCUCUUUCUUCUCCCUCCCCACUUCUCAAUAAAUCGUUUAAUCAAUUAAAAUGACAAAUCUUUUCAGCACAAACAUCACAUUUGAUUUCGAAUUAAAUACAAUGAUGGCUGUUAUCAAUGCAUGAAUUAAUUUCACUGAUGAAAAAUAAUUGUAACAAUAAGGUACCAAUAUCUCCGUUGACGAUUACAUUGGUGGUUGAUUUUUUCAUUUGUUUCUUCCUGUUUUGACGAGGAGAACGAUUUAAUGGUGUUUACGUGCGUGUUCAGUCAAUGUACUGGGCGAGCCAACGGAAGCCCUCGCCGUAUCCCUGUCGUUUCAA